AUGGCUGAAUUUAUGAUAUCCAGGCUUGUGCAGCAGUUAUUCACAAAUCAACUAAGAAAACUAGGCAGAAGUGUCAUGGAGGAAGUUGAGAAGCUCUCAUUCAAACUUGCACAGGUCCAAACUGCUCUCACCAUUGCCGAUCAAAUCCAGUUCUCUGAUGUGUCUGUUAAGCAAUGGGUGCAUAAGGUUGAAGACUUUUGCUACGAGGCUGAUAGCAUGUUCGAGGAGUUCAAAUCCAUUGCUGAGAACCACAAAGCUGGUGAUCAAAGCACUACUAAUACCGAUUGUUCUUCAAAGAAGUUAAUAAGCCUCUCAUGUAUACCAUCAUCUACUAGCUCAAUAACCAUUAAUAAGAUCACAACUGCCUGCAAAAUCAUUGAGCUCAACAAAAAGUUAGAUGUGAUUAUCUCUGAACAAAAAACACUGGCCUUUGAAAGAAGUAGUUCCACUGAAAGAGAACCAGAAAUGACUACCUCAGUUCGUCGUUAUCGUAGAAUUAAAGUUCGUGGGAGGGAAAAGGAGACGCUUGCUUUAAUGAAGGAGUUGUUUAUGGAGGAGAAACGCCUUCGUAUCAUUCCUAUUGUGGGAAUGGGUGGAAUUGGGAAGACUACUCUGGCCAAAUUUGUGUACGAUCAUAGUGAGGUCAAGACUUACUUUGACCUGAGAAUUUGGGUCCAUGUAGGUGAUUCCUUUGAUAUCACUGUAAUUGCAAAAGAUAUCAUUUACGGCAUCAAGGGAAUUUGUCCAAAUUUGACUGAGUUGGAAAGUUUACUGAAUUGUGUUAAAACGCUUGUUCAAGGAAAGCGAUUCCUUCUAGUUUUAGACAAUGUAUGGAAUGAAGAUAGGAGCAAGUGGGUAGCACUAGAGGGAUCUCUAAAUAAUGGUGCUCAGGGAAGUAAAGUUAUGGUGACAACAGGAAACAAAAAGGUUGCUGUCAUGAUGAAAGCAACAACUCACAUGAUAUUCCUUGAUAGAUUAUCUAACGAGUCAUGUUGGUACAUAACUAGAAGUCUAGCUUUCUCUGAAGGGUUGCCAGUGCACCAGUUCCAACAAUUAAAAGAAAUUGGCAAGAAAAUUGUCAAGAACAACUGCAAGGGUGUUCCUCUUAUUGCCAAGGCUUAUGGGAAUUUGUUGCGAUCGAAAAGCAGUGAAGAAGAAUGGUAUGGUGUUUUGAAAACUCAGUUGUGGGAAUUGAGUGAUGUUAGGCAGAGUGUUGUUGAUACACUCUUGUCUUGUUAUUAUGAUUUGUCCCCUUUAGAAAAAUGCUGCUUGUUGUAUUGUUCUAUUUUGCCAACUGAUUUCGAGAUUGAUAAGGAUGAUCUUAUUCAGCUAUGGAUGUCGCAAGGUUAUUUGGGAAGUGAUAAGAAAAGUUUUCAGAGGGGUGAGAACUGCUUUAAGAGUUUGGUAAUGCGGUCCAUUAUGUUUCAGAAAAUCGAAACCAAUAACUUUCAUGGAAAUUUUACAAAAUGGAAAAUGAAUGAUGUAAUCCAUGGAUUCGUUCGGUUUGCCACAAGAAGCUCUAAGACCUUGAAAUUUCGUACGAUCUAUGCAACUGGCUCGGAUGAACUUUCAAAUCUCGUGAACCAUGAUUCGCUUUCCAAACUCUCGAGUAAUCUUCGGACAUUGUCUUUGAUUGGUUGCGACCUUCAAAAACUGCAGCGGGGGACUGAGAAGCUGACUCGUUUGAGGUAUCUUAAUUUAUCAAAUAAUUUAUGGUUGAAGGAGUUGCCAAACCAGCUCUGCAGUUUACAGAAUCUGCAAACUUUGAGAUUGAAUGGAUGUGUCAAACUUCGAAGACUGCCUGAACGAAUGGAGGAGCUAGUAAAUUUGCAGCAUCUUUACCUUCGGGGGUGUGAUCAGCUAGAGGAAUUGCCUAUAGAGAUUGAGAGACUAACUUCCCUUGAAACACUGGAUUUGUUCGUCGUUCCAAGUUCUUCUAAUGGCUUUAACAAAAAUAGUAAAGCAAUGAAACUUGGAGAUCUGAGUAAGCUAAAACAGUGCCGAGGAAAUCUACAGAUACGUGACAUUGGAAACGAAGAAGACGCGGUCGAGGCCAACAAGGCAAAGAUUGUGUCCCUGCAAAACUUGGUCGGUUUGGAGCUAAAUUUCUGUCGAAGAAACAAUGAUUCACAAAGAAAACAUCAUGUGUCGCUAGCUUUACUUGAAGCCCUCCAGCCACCUCCAUGGUUGCAUUCCCUUGAGAUUAGAGAAUACGUUGGUGCAACUUUUCCGAAUUGGUUAGUUUGUCUAGAGAAUUUGACAAGGCUCGUACUGAAAGAUUGCCAUGAAUGUAAAAAGUUACCACCUUGUGGAAUGUUACCCUCUCUUAGAGUCCUCCAUGUAGAGGCCAUGGGAAAUCUAGAAACAGUCGGACCAGAGUUUUUUGGAACGUCGGAAGCUGAAGAAAACUUCUCCGAGUCAUUUCCGAAGCUAGAAGAACUUUGUUUUCGAGAUUUGGCCAAAUGGGAAAAGUGGUCAGAUUUCAAUUACACGAGUUUGCUUAGCUUAUCAGACUUCUUAAUCUCAUACUCAGCUCCAGAGUCCUCCUACACAACUACCCCCUCACCAAAGUUCAAAUACAAAACCACCAUAAUGCCAUCUCUUGUAUCCUUGAAAAUUUCCAACUGUCACAAGCUUGCUACUCUUCCAAACUUCAUUGGAACGAAGGGUGUUUUGACUAUUCAUAAUUGUCCAAUACUCGAGCAGCGUUUACAAAAACCUGAAGAGGGAAUGGAUUGGGUCACAAUCUCUGAAAUCCCCAAUAAUCAGGGACUGGAAAAACGUCUAGCUGCUCCUAAUUGA